AUAACCCAGCCUCGGAGACCCGCGGGGCCACUGCUGUCGCCACUGCGGGCAGGACGGCUUCUCUGGCCCAGGACCAGCGGGCGCCUCCCACAGAAGCCGCCUUGCAAGCUGCCGAGUAUCGCCCGCGCCUCUCGCCAGGAUACCCCGGGCUGCCGCCGCGGCCUCGCGCGCACCACAGACAUGGGCGGCUUGGAGUUGGAGCUGUUCAGCCUCCCCGGCCUGGUCCUCGCUACGGCCUUACUGCUGCUUGCCCUGUGCCUGCGCGGCCGGCGCACCAGGAGAGCUGGUGAACCUCCAUUGAUAAAAGGCUGGAUUCCUUAUCUUGGAGUGACACUGAAAUUCCAAAAAGAUUCCUUAGGUUUCCUCAAAAGCCUUCAGAAGCAACAUGGAGACAUUUUCACUGUUCUCCUGGCGGGGAGAUAUAUGACAUUUAUCCUGGACCCUUUCCAGUACCAAUUAGUGACAAAAAAUCACAAACAAUUAAGCUUUAGAAAAUUUAGUAAUAAAGUGUCAGAGAAAACAUUUUCCAUCAAACAGAUGAUACACAAUAAAGACAUGAAUGAUGAGCUUCACGUCCUCUAUCAACUUUUGCAAGGCAAAUCUUUGGACAAACUCUUGGAAGACAUGAUGCAGAAUAUAAAACAAAUGUUUGAAGUUCAACUACUUAAAACAACAAAUUGGAAAAUGGCACAAUUGUUAACGUUCUGUGGCACAAUGAUAUUUGAUAUCACCUUUACAACUAUGUAUGGAAAAUUUCUUGCUGGUGACAGUACAAAAUAUAUUAGUGAGCUAAGAGAAAAUUUUUUUAAAUUUGAUGAUAAGUUUGCAUUAUUAGCAUCUGAAAUACCCAUUGAGCUUCUAGGCAAUAUCAAGUCUGUGCAGCAGAAACUUAUAAAAUGUUUGACAUCAGAAAAAUUAGCGGGGAUUAAAGGAUCAUCAGAAAUUGUUCAACAGAGGCAAGAGAUACUGGAGAAAUACUAUGUACGUGAGGACUUUGAAAUAGGAGCACAUCAUUUAGGCUUUCUCUGGGCCUCUGUGGCAAACACCUUUCCAGCUAUGUUCUGGGCCAUGUAUUAUCUUCUCCGGCACCCAGAAGCCAUGGCAGCCGUGCGUGACGAAAUUGACCGUUUGCUGCAGUCAACAGGUCAAAAGCAAGGGUCUGGAAUUUCCAUCUACCUCACCAGAGAACAAUUGGACAGCCUAGUCUACCUAGAAAGCACCGUUUUUGAAGCUUUUCGACUAUGCUCAUUUUCGGCCACCAUACGUGUUAUUGAAGAGGAUUUAACUCUCAAUUCAGAAACCGGGAACUUCUGCCUGCGAAAGGGAGAUAUGCUGUCUAUCUUGCCUGCUGUCACACAUACUGACCCUGAGAUCUUCGAAGCUCCAGAGGAGUUUAGAUUUGACCGUUUUACAGAAGAUGGUAAAAAGAAAACGACCUUUUUCAAAGGAGAGAGAAAGAUCAAGUAUUACCUAUCACCGUUUGGAUUUGGAGCCAGCAAGUGUCCAGGACGAUUUCUCGCAGUUAGUGAAAUAAAGCAAUUGUUGUUUUUGCUUUUAACUUAUUUAGACUUGGAAUUAAUUGAUGAUAAACCUAUAGGACUAAACCAUAGCCGUUUGAUGUUUGGAAUUCAGCAUCCUAAUUCUGAUGUUCGAUUUAGGUACAAGGCAAAAUCUUAGAGAAGCUAAAAGGGCAUCAGAAAAAUCUAUCAAAAUGUUCUAAUUUCAUCCAUUGUUUUUAAUUCCUGCAAAGGUAAUUUCUCUGUUUCUUUGUUUAAAAAUGGUGAUUUCUAUUUGAUUUGAGGUUAGUACAGUUUGUUCUUGGUCACAAACAUCAUAAAAUAAGACAGCAUGGUGGCAUGGAAAGUGACAGCAAAAUGAAUACAAUGAUAAGCUCACAAUAGUUUUUCUUAGCUUCAAUUUGUGAUUUUUUUCCUGUUUUAAUAAAUGCCCCCUCACAGCAAUUGACUUGGUACUGCAUGAUUUUUUAAAAGUCACUCAAAGUCUUCAAUUCAUAAAGUCACAUUGUAGGUACCACUGGAAAAUGUUCCAGUAAGAGGUAAAGGCUAGUGUUUAGUCUCAACCAUUACCCUAACGGUUGAGAUGCCGUUAAGAUGCCCACAUCCCAUGUCAGACUUCCUAGCUUUGAUGGCUUUCUCUGGCUUCUGUCUCCAAUUUUGUGCCAGUGUAGAUGCUGAGUAGUAGGAAGAGUUGGCUUCAGUAAUUCUGCCCCUGCCACCUAUGUGGGAGACCUGGAUUGAAUUCCUGGCUCUUGGCUCCAACCUGGCCAAGCCCAGGAUGUUGCAGGCAUUUGAGGGAGUGAACCAACAGAUGGAUACUUUUUCUCUUUGUUUGUCACAUUGCAUCUCAAAUAAAUAAUUUUUUUCAAAACAGAAAAUUGUUCUGGAAAGACAGGCAGUCUAAAAAAUUCUAAAUUCUCAGAGAUCUAUGAAAUUAAAUUUCUAUGAGUUACACUGAGUGAAAAUUUUCCCUUCAAGUAUAAUAUCAAUAAUAUCUAUAUAUUGCCAGAACAUAUUUGCAUUAAAUGAGUUUUACAAUAGAUUAAAUAACUUUGACUUCACAUCAACAUUUAAUCAUCCACAAAUGUUCUUUAUUACUUUGUAUACUAUGUCUCAGUAUUACAAAAUUUCUUGUUCUGUAAGACCUUCCAUGUUCAAGUUAGAUACUGAUAAGAUUUCAUGUAUAAGAAAACACAAAACCUAUUAUAUAUUCAGCAAUUGCCCUGGACAUCAGUAUUAGGUUUAUUAUAAGAGUGAAUACUGAAAUCAUUGCAGCAUUGAUUAUAGCAUUUGCUGAACUAUAAGGGUUAUACUAAUAUUGCAAUGAGCUCUUUCCUAAAUGUUGCCAUUUGUAUAAAUUGAGAAAAUAGAUCAUUGUAUUUGCUCUUGCCAUCUCACCUUUUGGACUUGGAAUUUAUUUGUAUUAUUCUGAAUUGCAGCAUUGUGUAAUGCAGUAUAAUUUUAUCUGACACAAUGUAGCACUGCAUCAGUGAUCCAGAGAUUUCUAUUAUCAGAUUAUAAAGUUAUUGGCAUUUGACAUAAGUGAUGAUGCAAUAUUUAAACAGGCAGGGCAGAUAAUAAAACUCCAUUAAUUCAUAUCACAUUAAUUGGAACUUCUAAUAUUUCAGAAAGUUGCUGAUAAAUAAAAUGGAUUUUAAAAAUAAAAUAAAAUUGAUUUUUAAAAUAAA